AUGAAUCAGCCACUCUGGACAAAUUGGAUGCCUUUCUUAAGGCAACCGGCGACUCACCUAAAAUUGUUGGGGGGGGACUUCAAUGGCUGGCAUCCCAUUUGGGGUAGCCCAGUCGCCAAUGCUAGGGGUGGUGACGUGGUCGAUCUGGUUUAUGGUAACGAGUUGGUUGUCUGUAAUGUUGGCGAUUCGCCCACGUUCGAGACGAUCACUCACGGCCGGCACCGGGAUUCGAUCAUUGACAUUACACUAGCAUCUGAAUCGAUAUACCAUCUCGUAUCGGAAUGGCAGGUCAACCUCCAGAUAUGUACCUCAUCUCAACACCACGCUAUUGAAAUUUACCUAAACAGUCCUAAUUCUGAUUUGUACACUAACAAUAACACAUCCACCUUCAUUUAUAAAUCGAAAAAAGCCUGUUGGCCUUUAUUUAAUGAAACUCUUCACUUAUACUUAACACAAUCUGAUAUCUUGGACAUUAAUAUAUCUGCCCUGAAUCCCUCCGAGUUGGAUGACCUCAUAGCCAAAGUUGUGGAAAUUAUUCACAUUGCCUGCCGUAAAAGUAUGCGGAUGAGAGGUAAGGGAGGGAAAUACAAGCCCCCUUGGUGGUCAGAGGAACUAGAGGCUCAGAAGCUCGAGAUAAUAAAAUUGCAUCAUAGCCAUAGAGGACUUAGUUCAGCAACACAUGACUCUCAAAGCAGCAUAUGCACAAAACUUAAGAGCUGA